CCGACGUAGGAUACAUAUUUUACGUGUAUAACCUUUUCGUACGUUAUAUACGAGCAUAUUAAGUUUUCCUUUUUAUCCAAUACAUGUGAAUAUCUUAAAAUAAUUUAUAUUUAACUUAACUGUGCAUAUAUCGGAGAGUAGAGAAAAAUAUAAAAUUCUCUCCCACAGAUAUCUUUCUUGCUGUUUGUACCAUGCGUGUGCGUGCAUAAAGAUUUAACUUGAGAAACCUCGAAAUCGCUGGAGAAGUAAGAAGAAAACGAACCCUCAAUAAUGUGGUGCACUAGAUAUGCUCACUUUUGCAAGGAAACCUUAAGAACGUGCAGAACAGCGUCUAGCGUCGCCAAUGUUAAUAAAAACAUCAACGAGCUGGUGCUGCUCGGUCAGAAAUAUGUAACGGACGAUUGGACAAACAUUACUCCAAAUGUCAUCAGCAAGUUAGGGAGAAAUUUGCACGUUAAGCAAUACCAUCCGCUCUGGCUCUUACGCCAGCGUAUCGUGGACUACUUUUACAAACAAUUCCCCGGCAAGAGCGGAACACCGGCGUUCAGCAUCCACGACAACAUAUGUCCUGUGGUCACAACUUCUCAGAAUUUCGAUUCUCUUCUCGUGCCGAAAGAUCAUCCGAGUAGGAGGAAGAGCGACUGUUACUUCGUGAAUCAAGACACACUGCUGAGGGCACACGCGACUGCUCACCAGGCAGAAUUAAUUUCAAUGGGUCUGAACAACUUCCUCGUUAUCGGGGAUGUAUAUCGGCGGGACGAGGUCGACAGCACCCAUUACCCGGUUUUCCAUCAGGUUGACGCGGUCAGAUUAUGCACGUUGCAGGAGAUAUUUCACGAUGUAAACGAUCCCGCUGGUUUAAAGUUGUUUGAGCACUCGGGGACGGAGACCGCUGAUAAGCAAGGCUGUCAUACCUUAGAGGCGGUGAAGAUGAUGGAGCAGGAACUAAAAAGCACUUUAAUCGGUUUGGCGCAAACUGUCUUUGGAAAAGACGUGCAAUGCCGAUGGGUUGAUCAGUACUUUCCAUUCACCCAUCCGUCCUGGGAGCUGGAAAUACUGUUCAACGACAAAUGGCUCGAGAUUGUGGGCUGCGGCGUCAUGCGCCAAGAGAUCCUGCAGAAAUCCGGCGCCGUCGAUCGGAUCGGAUGGGCGUUCGGUCUUGGAUUGGAGCGCCUGGCCAUGCGCUUGUACAGCAUACCGAACAUACGGUUGUUUUGGAGCGAAGACAUCAGCUUUCUAAAUCAGUUUAAAGUAGACGAUCAUAACGCGCAUAUACAGUACAAGCCUAUAAGUAUAUAUCCUCCUUGCACAAACGACAUAAGCUUCUGGUUGCCGGAGGACGGAAGCUAUUUUCCCAACGACUUCUACGACUUAGUUCGGGAGAUAGGCGGCGAUAUGGUCGAUCAAAUCAUUCUGAAGGACGAGUAUGUUCAUCCGCAGACGAAGAGAAUGUCUCAUUGUUACAGUAUAGUGUACAGACACAUGGAACGCACUUUGACUCAGAGAGAAGUCGGCGAGGUUCAUCGUAAAGUGGCAAGAGUAACGGAUGCUAAACUUAAUGUGACCGUUAGGAUUCAGAAAUAAAAACGCUUGUCUAACAAAAACUGAGUGUUUAUUUUAGAGAGUAAGUUCCACGAGCUACUUAUUUCGUAAACGGCGCGACAUCAGCCGCUCUCGAGCCGCUAUUUAACGAAGUAUGUUAAUAUACAUAUAGAGCGACGCGACCGUCGUGCGGCCACAGCACGAACAUCAGAGAAAUCGGGAGAAAAGGAAUAUAUUAUUUUUAUUUGCGAAUAAAUUAAUCACAAACGCGUUACAUCAGCAAACAAUAGUAUUCUAAAAACAGCUAUUAUUAUUUGCGAUACGCCUCAUUCAUAUUAGAGGUAACAACGAUUACAGUUUACAUGUUCUACAUGCUUGCAUUAUAUACAUGAAUAUAAAACACAUUACGUAAUCUGGUAUUGAUGGUUUACGCGCGAGUACAUAUACUUAAUGAUGAUGAAGUAAGAGAAUCUAGAAACUUUCGAAGGAUACGGAAAUAAACGUCUCGAACAGAGCUCCGGAAUAAAUUUCACUAUACAAUAGCGUUAGUGCAAGAAUUGCCGUUUAUACUUAGUUCACAAAAAUCACAGUUUCAUUUCUGACACUCAAAUCCUAUUCCUCAACCGUAUUAUCGGUUCAACAAUUUUCUUUCCUUUUUUUUCCUUUUUUUCUUUUUCUUUUUAAGUAAAAUGCAUUAGUCUCUCGUUAGAAAUAAAGAUUACUUGUCCCUUAAUACGCUGGGAUACGCUUGAAGAUUUAUUCGAUAUAUGAGAAAUACUGUUGUGUGUGUUGUGCUCUCAGUUAGAACAUUUCUAAUUAGUAUUUUGAGAACGAACGAUAAGCAUCGAACUUAUGUAAAUGCCGUGAUACGUGCAUACAAACGCACCAAAAUGGAAGAUUCGAGUUUGACGUUACGUUCAUAAAUAAAUUAACAAUAUAUAAACAAAAAGAAAAAAAA